CACACUGUUGUCAUUUACCAUUCGCGCCUUUUUUUCCCACAGCACAUUUUUCCCCUUCCUUUCGUUUGACAAAACAAAAUAAAAGAUACCAAAAAGAAAGCGAUUGAAAAUGUUUAAAAUUCAUUGAGUUGCUGAAAUGAGAUAUUCUAAAUGGUGACUAACUGAAAUCAAUUAAAUUAAAGGCUUAAAUAUACCGUAAUAAAUAGAGUGUGUGUGUGCGUGUGUGAAAGAGAGCUUAUGCUGCUGCCAGUGUGUGUGCGUGUGCGUGUGAAUGAAAGUAAUUUAAGGUACACAACACCAACAACAAAAUUAAAUAAUAACAAAAGAACAUAUCAAAAAUCCACUAACUCGCUGUAUUGCUUUUUAUUUACCAUAUUCCAUCCCAACUUCCUGCCCAAACCUACUAACGCCGACACCUAUACACAAAAUGUUUGUUGCAAAUUUAUGAGUUUGGCUUUUUGUAUUUUACGCUGCUUACAUACAUACCCACACAUACACGCACACACAUACAUUAUUACAUACACUUAAACACAAAUAAAUAGCCCAGAGCAGCGCAAAUUCCUGUAAAGAAAAUGACUGAUGCUGAUGUCAAUUGUUUUGCAAGUGAGUUGUCUUCACCAUCAUCAUCGUCGGCAUCACCAAGAACACCAACAAAAAAUGUCCAACUGGAAUUGGAGCCAACAUCACCAUUUGUGCUAAGAGCCCCAGCCAGUGCCAAAUCCAAGUUGAUUCUGCAAAAUAUGGAAGAAGUUUUGAAUACCGUUAAGCAGAAGCAUCGUGAGAAGCAUAAACGUAAACGUGAAGAGAAACGUCGAGCGGCAGCAGAAGCAGCGGCGGCAGCAGCAGCCGGGGCAUCCGCAUCACCAUCGAUGGAUGAGAAAACCAAAUCAGGGAAGCCUCAACCUCUAAGGGAGAAGGCCACCCAGGAGAAUGGCUUGAGCAGCAGCCACAGCAAGAGUCUAUUAAAGAAACCAAAUGAAUCUGCAUCUGCCGGAUCUACUCCCACUGCUAAUCCACCCAUCCCAUCGAAACCCACUAAUGUCUUUGAGCUUAUGAUGAAGGCACGCAAUCGUUCACUUGGAGUCAAUGAGGGAGCUGCCAAGGAGUUACCAUUAAAUGAUAGUGAAUGUAGUGAAGCUGCUGCCUCACCCACUAUAGGUAAACGUAAGCAAUUGCUUCAGGAAUGGAACGAUCGCAAGGGCGGAGCCAAACGUCGUCUGGCCGAUGAACAGCGUGGAGAAUUUAUUGGUCAACAAUUGGAAAAGAGAGCAAAAAGAUUCAAAAAAAUGCUUACUCAGGAAUCGCCUACUGCAAUAGUUCAUGCAACAGCAUCAGCGCCCACGCUACCUAUCGCAAAACGUGGUCGCGGUCGUCCCCGACGACGUCGUCUCAGCUCUGUGGAUACAGAGAUGCAAAAGGAGCAGGAGCCGGAGCAGCAGUCACCAAUUCCUUCUACUGAUCCUCAUACAGCGGAAUUCUUAGCAAAGUUAUCAUCGCCAACUAAAAAACGUGAUAGCCUCUUGGGUUAUUUUGCCAAAGUUGAGACUCCUAAAAAUGUGUCGCUUAACCAAGCGGCAGCAUCAUUGGAUACUCCACCCCAGGAGACGCCCAAACGUCGUCCGCGUAGAACAAACAACAACAAAUUGGAACACGAACCAGAGUCAUCAAUAGUACCAUUUCCGGAGCCAACAAUUCCAAUGCCAAACAUCUCGACACCAUCAGGUCGACCAAGACGCUCGUGUGCUAAUAAGGCACGCUAUGAUUAUGAUCUGGAAACAAGUCCAAUUAAAUCCAAUCCUGUUGCCAAAGAGGACAACUCCAUUGAGAUUAUUGAUUUGGACACUAGUAAUCCGCCCACUACACCAAAAAAAUUGGCACCAUUGUUUGUCAAACAAUUGCCAAAACCAAGUCCAGAUCCAUCAGUGUUAAAGGCACGUCAGGAUUUCUUACAUUCUGGUGUGCCCGAGCGCAUACGGCAAGAGCAGAGUCGUCUCAAGCAAUUGGAACAGCAAUAUGAUGAAAAUUAUGAGCUAUUCCCGAGAAUAGCUCAUGUCGGGUGUUUAGAUUAUAAAACUUUAGUCAUAAAUCUACCCAAACCAUGGUCAUGGAGACAAGCAAAACAAGACCAUGAUGAUCCAUAUGAUGGUAAUUCAAUUCAAUCGCAUGCCAGAUUAUGUGAUGCUCCGCCUCAACAGCCCGCAACAAAUCAAAAGCAGCGUCCAUCCUAUGCAACUCUCCCGUCGUUGGACAAUAAACGAUCUUUUGUUAAGAUAUGGAAAAAUGAAUUUGAUCGUUUUCCCACCUUUAAGUGUUAUAAUCAAAUGCGUGAGAAAUAUCGUCAUUUUAGUGCUAUGGAUUCGGCACAAGAUACUCAGCAAGUGGGUGAAUCCUUUGUCGUAACGCGACGUUCACGAAGAUCUCUGGAACAACAACAACAGCAAAAACAAUUGCAUCAACAACAACUGGACAAUAUGGAUGAAGCGAAACCACCAAUGGGUGCACCAAAUGGUGAACUUUUAUUCACCGAGAAGUAUAAACCAUUGCUCUUCGAGCAAGUUCUGGUCAAUCUGACACCCGUGCAAGAGCUAAAAGAAUUUCUAUCCAGCUGGUGUACGGCUGGCGGCAAUAAUGGCGGACGUAAAAACUCUCAAGAUGAUUUCAAUUACGAUACAAUGGAUUCCAGUAGCUGCUCCAUGACCAGUAAUAGUAAUAGCAACACCAUGGUUUUGGUUGGACCCUCAUCCAGUGGCAAAACAAAUGCCGUAUUUGCCUUGGCCAACGAUUUAAAUUUCAAUGUCCUUGAGAUAAAUGCCGGAAUGCGGCGUACGGGUAAGAAACUGAUGCAGGAACUGCAAGAGGCCACACAAUCGCAUCAGAUACGCAAAGAUAAUAAAUCGGCACGUGGCAAGGGUAAUAGUGGAAAUUUAUUGCAAAAAAUGCAAAAAUCAUCAAUCUCAAAUGAUCAAUCAUCUGCCUCCAACGCCGCCUCCGCCUCCUCCUCCACCUCCUCUGCUACUGCUGCCGAUGUGAGAAAAUCAUUGAUUUUGAUAGAAGAUGCUGAUAUUGUAUUUGAACAACACGAUGCUGGAUUUACCGAUGCCAUCUAUACACUGGCAAAUAGUUCCAAACGUCCGGUCAUUGUUGUGGCCACCAAUCCGAAUUGUCCACAUCUUCAGCGUCUGAUGCAACAGAAUUGCAUACAUUUUCAUGCCCCAAAUGCUUUGAAUAUCUCACGUUUCCUUGCCGUACUCUCUCUAAUGGAGAAUUGCCCCAUUGAAUUGGAUGAAUUGGUCUCUCUCUAUUUGUAUAAUGCGCAAAAUUUACGCAAAACUUUAAUGGAACUACAAUUCUAUAUUCAAAGCGGUGGCGAUCGAAAAGAUUCAAAGGCUCUAAUCAAAGCACACAAUGGAAAAACAAAGUCACCAAUCAAAUCUCCCAAAUUGAGUACUAUUGAUGGAUCCUAUAUACAUCAAAGGCUCUUUGAGUUUUAUACUUGUACACAGAAUAUUCCGAAUCGUAUACCCUUUCCAUUAGAUUUUCAUUUGUUGCGUUUAAAUCUUGGUGAUUUGCUAAAAAGCAGCUCAGCACUCGAACCACCGUCAUCGUCUUCAGCAGCAGCAGGUGCAUCGGCGGCGGCGGGAGAGACGAAUCGUGUUAAGCGCAAAUCUAGAUCACCCAAAAAGGCAUGGCUAAUAAAUAGUGCCAAUCAGAAAAAGCAGCUAAUUACACCAUUGGACACAUUGGCCUUAUUCUAUGAGAACAUUUCAAUAGCCUCACAAAUCAACGCUCAUACGGAUCACACUGAUCGAUUGCAAUCUCAUCUAAGCGAGGAUAUCUCACAUUUACUGGUAGAGCAGGCUCUGCUUACGGGUCUGGCCAUUAAGGAUGAUUGUCCGUAUAACUUAUUCGAUAAACCAACCCAGAGAACUACACUUUGCGACCAAUUGGGAAAUUAUCAACUCCGCACUGCCACUGCACGAUCCUUGGAUUACGAGCCUACUUUGCGUUCCAUAUGUCGUAGCGAAAGGGAACGUUCUACCCAGGAACGUCGUUCCAGUCGCUUCUAUCAUUAUUUACGCAAUCAUUUGGUUAACGUAACUAGCUUUUCCAUGGAGUCUUGUGAAGCAGUUUGCCAAGUACUACAACCAACACCAUCAAACUCUUCCAAUCAAAACACAACAACGUCCAUAGAAACACAGUCAACCAACAAUUCUUAGCAUGGUUUUUCCUAAUACCCUGCUUAUCCAUAGGGUAAAUAGGUUGAGGGGGAAAUCCAACACAUAAAAAAAAUAAACAUAUAUGUACAUAUAUAUAUAUAUAUAUAUAUAUAUAUAAUCUAGAUCUGUAUUAGUAGCCUCUAGAAUCUAGAUGUUUUCUUGUCUAUUCCGUUUAAUUAAAUAUCCGUGUGUGCGUCCGUGUCUGUCUCGAUAUGGGAGGGGGAAUAUUAAAUGAAAAUGAGCGAGAUGGCAUAAUAUACAGUUUACAAUUUGGUGAAAUUAAGAGAAAAUUCAGUCGGCAACGAUUGAAAUGAAAUAAUAUUAAAGAUUGUAUUGCA